CUGCGCUUGCGCUCCCGGCCGCCGCUCUGAGCUACCGAGCGGCCGAGAGGACAGAGAGAGGGAGGGGCAGGAGCCACCGACCGGCGGAGGAGGAGAAGGGGUUGUGCUCCCGGACGUGUGAGGAGAAAGGGGCGGGGCCGGCGAGCAGCGCGCGGAGGUGCACUGCUCCUGGGACCGGGGGGCGCGCGGGGGUCUGUGGCCCUUGCCGUCCCAGUGGCCGCCGCCGUCGCUUGGCCGCCGUCGGUCUGCGGGAGGCGGGUUAUGGCGGCGGCGGCAGUGGGAGCUGUGAAUGAAUUCUCCGGGUGGACGAGGGAAGAAGAAAGGCUCCGGCGGCCCCAGCAGCCCGGUGCCUCCCAGGCCUCCGCCCCCCUGCCUGGCCCGCUCCCGUCCCGCCCCCAAGCCGGCCCCUCCGCCCCAAUCGCCGCAUAAGCGGAACCUGUACUACUUCUCCUACCCGCUAUUCGUAGGCUUCGCGCUGCUGCGUCUGGUCGCCUUCCACCUGGGGCUCCUCUUCGUGUGGCUCUGCCAGCGCUUCUCCCGCGCCCUCAUGGCCGCCAAGAGGAGCUCCGGGGCCGCGCCGGCCUCGGCCUCGCCCCCGGCACCGGUGCCAGGCGGGGAGGCCGAGCGCGUCCGAGCGUUCCACAAACAGGCCUUCGAGUACAUCUCCGUCGCCCUGCGCAUCGAUGAGGACGAGAAAGUAGGACAAAAGGACCAGGCUGUGGAAUGGUAUAAGAAAGGUAUUGAAGAACUAGAAAAAGGAAUAGCUGUCGUAGUUACAGGACAAGGCGAACAGUGUGAAAGAGCUAGACGCCUUCAAGCUAAAAUGAUGACUAAUUUAGUUAUGGCCAAGGACCGUUUACAACUAUUAGAGAAGCUGCAACCAAGUUUGCAAUUUUCCAAGUCACAAACGGACGUCUAUAAUGACAGUACUAACUUGACAUGCCGUAAUGGACAUCUCCAGUCAGAAAGUGGAGCUGUUCCAAAAAGAAAAGAUCCGUUAACACAUGCUAGUAAUUCACUGCCUCGCUCAAAAACAGUUAUGAAAACUGGACCCACAGGUCUUUCAGGCCACCAUAGAGCACCUAGUUGCAGUGGUUUAUCCAUGGUUUCCGGAGUGAGACAAGGACCUGGUUCUGCAGCUGCCACGCACAAGAGUACACCAAAAACAAGUAGAACAAAUAAACCUUCUACCCCUACAACUGCUGCUCGUAAAAAGAAAGACUUGAAGAAUUUUAGGAAUGUGGACAGCAACCUUGCUAACCUUAUAAUGAAUGAAAUUGUGGACAAUGGAACAGCUGUUAAAUUUGAUGAUAUAGCUGGUCAAGAGCUGGCAAAACAAGCAUUGCAAGAAAUUGUUAUUCUUCCUUCUCUGAGGCCUGAGUUGUUCACAGGGCUUAGGGCUCCUGCCAGAGGCUUGUUACUCUUUGGUCCACCUGGAAAUGGGAAAACAAUGCUGGCUAAAGCAGUAGCUGCAGAAUCUAAUGCAACCUUCUUUAAUAUAAGUGCUGCAAGUUUAACUUCAAAAUAUGUGGGCGAAGGAGAGAAGUUGGUGAGAGCUCUUUUUGCCGUGGCUCGAGAACUUCAGCCUUCCAUAAUUUUUAUAGAUGAAGUUGAUAGCCUUUUGUGUGAAAGAAGAGAAGGAGAACAUGAUGCUAGCAGACGUCUAAAAACUGAAUUUCUAAUAGAAUUUGAUGGUGUACAGUCUGCUGGAGAUGACAGAGUGCUUGUAAUGGGUGCAACUAACAGGCCGCAAGAGCUUGAUGAAGCUGUCCUCAGGCGUUUUACCAAACGGGUUUAUGUGUCUUUGCCAAAUGAGGAGACACGACUACUUUUAUUAAAAAAUCUACUAUGUAAACAAGGAAGCCCAUUGACCCAAAAAGAACUAGCUCAACUUGCUAGAAUGACCGAUGGAUACUCAGGCAGUGACCUAACAGCUUUGGCAAAGGAUGCAGCACUGGGUCCUAUCAGAGAACUGAAACCAGAACAAGUGAAGAAUAUGUCUGCCAGUGAGAUGAGAAAUAUUCGAUUAUCUGACUUCACCGAAUCCUUAAAAAAGAUAAAACGCAGUGUGAGCCCUCAAACCUUAGAAGCAUACAUACGUUGGAACAAGGACUUUGGAGAUACCACUGUGUAAGCCUGCAGAAUGUUUACUUUUCAAGAGAAAAACAUAACAUCUUCGAUGAAUAGUUUUAUCAGCUACGGAAAUUCAGCCUAAGUUUACAGGACUUUUCAGAGUCUUAUAAUUACUUGUGCACCCCAGAAGAUGAACCAUAAAAUAAAUUUAAAUAAAGUAUACAAUGCAAAUGGAAUAUUUUUGUUUAAGGCCUUCUUGCCUUGAUGGUCAUGGAUACCCAAUGGGCACUGUAAGUCAAAACACAACAAAAACGGAAUCUGGUCUUCUUUACCAACAUAAUCGUAAUGUAAAUAGUAAUUUGUAUAUUAUGUUGCAGAUGAAAGUAUUCCAGAGACAGUGAAUGGUAGAAGACACGAGAGCCUCUAGUGGUUUGUCUUCUGACAUCUUUUCUUAAGAUAGGCAUUUUUCCUGUUUUCAUUUCCUACUGUUGUCUUUACUCUGGGUGAUUGGAAUGUCGAACACUGUUUCUUUUUUUUUUUCUUUUUACAAAUUGUGUGCCAAAUGAAACUUUUUCCUAUGUAACAGUAGUAGGAAAAAGAAUUUUGAAGGUUUUUUUCUUCUUCAUACAUCUACAGACAUUAAAGAUGUUUUCUUUUCACUUUUUAUUUUUUUCUACUACCUUUCUACCAAACAAUUUGGAAAGCAAUACGAUAGUAACAAAACAAAACAAAUCUAGUGAAAGGAGAAGGAGAAAUUUUGAAGUUUUCAGAUACUCUGUCAUACAACAUGUAGACCCGUCCUCCUGUGACCUGUAGUAUUUUUUUUCUAAUAUGUUUGUCAGAGAUCUAUUGUAGACUGUUAACUUAUUCCUAAUGGAAUUUAUUUUCUGCUAGAAUUAUUCUAAUAUUUAAGAAAGCCAAUUUUAACCACUGUGAAAGUGGUUCCUGUGCAAGAGGAGGGAAAUACUGGGAACGAAGACAUUUCUAAUUUAUUGCUUAUUACUUUCUUACUGUUUACAGGAUAAUUACAAGCCAGUGGAUCUACCAUGUUUUAUUAAUCCUUCAAUGAAACUUUAAAAAAUUACUGAAUUUUUAUACAUUGCAUACAUUUUAUAGGUUUCUUGUGCUCACUUUGUUAACUAAAAAGUUUUAGUCUGUUAAUCUGCCUUUUGUUCCCCAAAAAUGUACAGUAAUUCCAUUUCUUGUUUGUAUGUGUGGGUUUUUGUUAUAAAAAUGUCCUUGUAGGAAGUAGAGACUCAUAUCAUGGCCUUCUAAAUAUUGUAAUAAAGGCAAAUGGAUAUUUGCCAUUAGUUUACUGGUUAAAA